GAUCCUGGCACCCCGGUUAUAAACCCUUCUCUGGACCUCCUGGGCUUGCUCCAUCUGCGAUUCUAUCCUGUCCUCCUCCUUGCAGAUUAUUGUGCCUUUCCAAGCCAAUAUCCUGCUUACUGUUUUCUGCUGCUGUCUACACCUCCGCUACUGACCUUUGGCUUGUUCCUGACCACGACGAUUGAUCCUGCUACCAUUUGUGACGCGACCCUUGGCUUGUGACCAACUCGUGCUUUCGUCUGAUCCCUAACCUGUUGAGUCCGCAGAUUGGUUCCCAGUCUGCUCAUUCCCUGGUGGGGUGAUCCUGAGAUCUGCGACCUGGUAUUAA